CCUCCCCUUCUCUCGUCAGCACCACAAUCGCCGCCAACCCUCGCCCGCUGUGUCGCCGCCCCUCGCCCAUUCUCCACUCCCUCCAUCCUCCGCUCCCUCGCCCGCCGCGUCGACCACCCUCGCAGUCCUCCUCCUCCUCGCGUCCACCGCCCUCGCCCAUCCUCCGCUCCUCCAUCCUCCACUCCCUCGCCCGCCACAUCGCCGCCUCAAGUCCUCCUCCUCCUCGCCCCGCCACCCCCCCGGCCGCCCUAAAACAGAGGCGGCAGUCUCACAAGGGGACGCGGCGACGACCACGAUCCAGCGCCACUUCCACCGGUACCUCUCUCCGAUCCUCUCCAACCUAGGGUUCCAAGAGCUUGCCAUGGCCGUCCUCUCCCUCUCCUCCACUCUCUUUCUUCAUAUUCCCUCCCAAAAUUAUGCUCUGAUCAGCGCUCUGACGAGGCGGUGUGAAAUCAAAUCCCUUGAAAUAAACCCUAAGAUUUCCCCAAUUUCUGUUCACAUGUUGCUUUUUGAUGUAGCUUACAGCGCCCAGAUAUUGAAAUAUCAGGGAUUCUCCCGCUUCUCCACCGUCACUGAAGCAUCAUCGGCCCUCGGAAUGGCUCCGAUAACUGAUUUAACGUUGAAAUCAGGGUUUUUAGAUUCAAUUGUUAGGGGUAAGUGGUUUUUAUGAUGAAUUUACAGACGAGAGUAAGGAAUCUCAUCAGAGGGGAGUUCUUGGAGUCCCGAUCGGAGUCUUCAAUCGAUGUUAUCAAUACUGCGACACAAGAAGUAGUUUCUAGGAUUCCAUUGACUACAGACAAAGAGUUUAAAGCGGCGGUUAGCGCUGCGAAAAAAGAUUUUCCUAAAUGGAAGAAUACUCCAGUUACUUCAAGGCAGCGAGUUAUGUUCAAGCUCCAAGAGCUCAUUCGAAGAGUCAUGGAUAAGCUUGCUAUGAAUAUUACAACUGAACAGGGGAAGACACUUAAAGAUGCUCAGGGUGAUGUUUUCCGUGGUUUAGAGGUGGUGGAGCAUGCUUGUGGGAUGGCAACACUCCAGAUAGGGGAAUACGUGUCAAAUGUUUCAAGUGGAAUCGAUUCAAGGAAACCAAGUUCUACAACUGGCCGAGACUUCUAGACAAGGUGGAGCUAGUGAUGAGGAUGAUGAUAAUGAUGAUGAUGAUCAAGAGGACUGAUUUGUUUUUUUACCUUUGAAAACAAUGAAUGAGUGUGUUGUAUAAACAAUAUUUAUCAUGGGGUGUACUGUAUAAAUAAUGUUUAUUAUGUUAGGAUAUUUUAAUUAAAUUAUAUAUGUUAUA